AUCGUUCCUGGAUGCUGUGAGAGUUAUCGUUCUUUGAUAUUGAGUUUUCGUUCUUAGCUGGAGGCGACCAUGAUGAUUAGAUGUGUGACCGGAAGUGAUGUAAUGCAAACAUGAGGUGUGUACGUGUGCGUGAGUACUUAGCUAGAGGGUAGAGCUAUGUCCACGGGCUCCUAUGACGAGGCAUCAAACUUGGUCAAGGUCCCAGCAUCCCCUCUCUUCUCCGGCGCAGACGACGUCUUCGACAAGCCCGACAACCCCGCAGGAGAAUCAGCUGAAGCCCCAGCAGACGGCAGCAAAUCUUCCUUGCCCGUCGCUAAAGGAAGCCGCUCUCCUUCUCCAAAAAACAGCCCGUUCAAAAAAUCUAAAGCGGCCAAGGGAUUAGGGUUUUUAAUUAAAGCCAGAGAAGGCGCCAAAAAGGGUAGGAAGUCACCGUUAUCGUUUAAAUCGUUUUCCAAAUCAAAGAAAAAACACGAUGACGAUUUUGAUUUCGGCGUUGAGGAUGGCGUUGAAGGGGAGGUGGAUGAGAAGGUAAAGGCUAAGUCGGAACACUGGCAGGCGUUUCUUCAGAUGCAAGAUCGCAUCAAGGAGAACGUGCUGAAGACCCAGACUAGCAUUGGAAAACUCGCCUCUGGGCGGAUCUCACCUUCAGGGCGCAUCUCACCAGGAAAAGGCCGAGAAGAUGACGAUAGCAACAUCCGCUUCACUAACCUAACCCAGCAGGACAGCGUAUCCUCGGAGAAGAGCAGCGAGCAAGUGCGCUCAUCCAGAACGGUCUCCGAGACGGAGGAGGCAUCAGAGAACAAUAUCAACUACUACGACACGUCCGACCUGUCUACCCUCAUAUCUCUUCCACACUUCACCGUCUCCUCGCCUUCAGCAUUCCAGACCAACACGGAGACAGACACCAGGUUCGACAUGGACCUGGACGCAUUCUCUAGUAUCACGGACCAGCCCGCCCCCACGCCAGCCAGCAGCGGAUCCUGUGUCACCACAGCUGAACCCACGAACCUAAUCGAUGAGUUUGACCUGCUCGGCCUCAACUCCGAACCCGCCGCCCCCGUCGUCCACAACCACCAAAUGUCCACGCAGAGCUCCAUCAAUGAAGAUCUACUCGGCCUGGACGAUUUCUUAUCCCAACCCGUCUCCAGGGAUAUGUCUCAGGAAAACUUGACCACCGACUGGUUUGGGGGGUCUUCCACUGCCCAGAGCAGCGCCCAGUCCUCCCUCUGCCCCAGCCCUGUCCAGUUCGACAUUGAGCUCUUCUCCAAGCAGGGCAAGCUUGUCCCAGAGAGCACCGCUGUGUCAGACCUAGCCAGGUCACUCGUGGACGACUUCCUUCAAUGGGGAGCCGGGAACUCGGACGAACCUCUCUCCAAAAACCCCUUCUCUUCAGACGAACUAACAUCGGAGCAAGCUUUUAAAUUAAACACAUUCAACCCUUUCGCCACUAUUGUGGAAUCCGAUGACACUGAUUCCGGUGCUGAUUUUUUAGGAGCUGUAAACGACAAAAUCCCACCUUGGUCUGCUGUUUACGAUAAAAAACCCGACCCGUUCCUAGCAAACAUUCCUGCUGAUACACCAUCGACAUUUUCGUCUUUUGAUCCAUUCGCUCCUGCACCACUAGAUAUCAACGCUAACGCUGCACCUUUAGAGGAACCCGUUGUUCCACCUCUUCGACCUGCUCAACCUGUGAAAAAAUCUUCCAGAAAAGCCUCCAACCCCUUUCUGGUCAGUGAUGAAGACAUCACAGAGGGGAAGGUGGCGUUUGACGACGAUUUCUUCGCUAGCCGGGGUAUUUUCCAUGCUCCUGCUAAAGACCUUGAAAGUAUUUGGGGAGUGGAUAAUUCAUCAUCCACAGAGGUAAAACCUUUUGAAACCGCAGGAUCCACGGCUAAUCCAUUUCAGGAUGAUCCUUUCACCUCGGAUAACUUAUCCACGGGUGGGGGAUUUUCUGAUGGAUUUGGAGAAACGUCCACAAUAGGCCAGCCAAUCAAUCCAUUUUUAACUGCUAGCUUUGAGAAUAUAGCCUUCCAGACCCAGCCUUUAGCUGCAGACAAUCCAUUUGCUGCCAUGGUUGGAGACAAAAGCCCAGCGCGAAGUCCUUCACACAACACAGCAUUCGACUCUCUCAUAGGAGCAGAUUUAGACUUACCUAAAGAAACCAAACCCCUACCCGACGACAAUUUGAACUUUGACCCCUUUGGUAAACCAGAAAAGGUUGAAAGCUUGCUUGACGACUUGGUAGAUAACGUAGCACCAGCUAACGAAGGUGACACCCAGGUCGCUGAAGAACCACACAAACCUUCAGAGGUUCUCGACGACGAUGAUUUCACCGGAACUUUCAAGAUCGACAUCAAAUCAAAGUCUCUGGCUGAGGUCUCCGGGCCCGUGCCCAUGCUUCCUCCCCCUCCUAAACAACCGAAAUCACCCUUGAUGCCUCAGAGAGAAAACCCCUUCAACAAGGAGUCCCCGCCGGAGGAGAACUUCGCCAGCUUUGCCGAGAUCGAGGAAGAGCUGAAGAAGAAAGCAGAGGCAGAAGCAGCAGAAGCCGCGGCCAACAAAGAGAAGAGGGACCGCCUGAAGUCCCUGACCUCUGAGGAUAGCACGCCGGAGGAAGAAGGUCCCAUGGAGCCGCUGGAGCCGUUCCAUCCGGUUCAUUCCAGAGAUUACUGGAAGCUGAUGGUGCGGCAGCCGACCAAGAAGAAGUUGGCGGGAAACCGGUUCUGGAAGAUGACAAUAGUCAGGCUGGCCCAGAUCAAAGAUGGUCCGGUCAUUAGGUUGUACAUGGAAGAAAAAGAUACAGAACCUUUCCAGGAACUGCCCCUCCAGCCCUGCUACUCUGUGAGUGAUGUCUCCAUGCAGCAAUAUGACCAGUUUGGCAAGAUUCACACCGUAAAGGUCCAGUACAUCUUCUACAGAGAGAGAGUGGGAAUCAGACCAGAGAGGAUCACCCCCUCCUUCGUGAGGAAACCCAAGCCCAACAUGAUACUCGACCAUGCCCCUCAGGUCUCGGAGCUCAUCAAGCUAGGCAGCCUUGACAUUGAUGAGAUCACUUCCUUUGUCUGGGCCAUGGAGGACGUGCUCAUGAAGCUCGAGUGCCACCGGGACAAGACCUUGACCUACACCAAAGAAGAGGUGCAGGCCGAGGUGUGGGACGAGUACAAAGCUGUGGUGGACAAGGACGGACACGUGUCCUCGCAGAAGGCUCGGGUUCGGAUCUUCUUCUUGGCUUUUCUCACGGGAAUGCCAGCUUGUGAACUUGGCAUCAGCGAUAGGAGAAGGAAAGGGAAGGAGGUCGUAGGUCGUCAUGACAUUAUCCCAGUUAGAACUGAAGACUGGAUAAAAAUCGAAGACGCAGAAUUCCACAAUGUGGUUGAUUUGGAUACGUACGAGAAAACAAACAAUAUCCGGUUUCAUCCACUGGAUGCAUGCCAGUUUGAACUCGUGCGGUUCCGUGUUCGACCGCGAGAAAACCGCGAGCUACCUCUACAGUUGAGAAUCACCCAGGUCAUGAAAGGUCGGCAUUUCGAAGUGCGGGUGGAUCUCCUGGUCACCGGCUACCACGCCUUCAGCAAAAAAUGUGGUCAGUUUCCGUGUGAGGAUAUUGAAGUGCGCAUCAAAAUUCCAGAAGUGUGGAUUUACUAUUUCCGCUAUGAGAAACGUUUUGGAUACGGAUCUCUCAAGGCCAUGGCUAGAAAGCCUGGCAGGAUCAAAGGUCUAGAGAGGAUCACUAUGAUGGCCCAGGGGCUUUUAUCUCCGGCCCUAAUGGAAGCUUCAGUAGGGUCAGCCAAGUACGAGCAUCUGUACAGGUCAGUCGUAUGGAGGAUACCCAGACUACCAGAGCGGAACCAUGGAGCUUACAAAAACCACCUGUUUGUCCUUCACCUUUCACUGGGCCCCCACGAUGAGGUUCCAGACCAGCUGGAGCAGUGGGCCGACUGCUCCUUCACCAUGCCAGCAUCCACAGUCUCCAAGGCUCAAGUCCGCUCCAUCAGCGUGGAAAACCCAGACCCGCCUGAGAAAUGGGUCCGGUAUAUCGCCAAAUAUAACUACAAGGUGGAAAUAGAUAAUCAUGUGGAAACAGAGUCUGACAAGGAGACCAGUGAUUGAGGGGAGUUAACUGUUGAUGUAGGGGAGUGAACUGUUG